UGCCCCAUCUUUGGUGUCAGUGGGGGGAGGAAUAGUGCCCCAUCCUUGGUGUCAGUGGGGGGAGGAAUAGUGCCCCAUCCUUGGUGUCAGUGGGGGGGGAGGAAUUGUGCCCCAUCGUUGGUGUCAGUGGGGGGAGGAAUCGUGCCCCAUCCUUGGUGUCAGUGGGGGAGGAAUAGUGCCCCAUCGUUGGUGUCAUUUGGGGGAGGAAUA